GGAGGAAAAACUCCUGACUUGUGUUUCCAGAACUGCACGAUAACAGACAGGAAGAUGGCAAAACGCCCUCCAGGAGGUCCUGAGUCAAUCAGCUGUAAUGGGUACGCAGAGCGAGUACAGGUGAAGUGGACGAUGGAGGUGUUGUGUUACGGUUUGACUCUCCCAUUGGACGGAGAUACCGUCAAACUCUGCGUAGAUGUCUACACUGAUUGGCUGAUGGCCCUGGUUUCCCCGAGAGACUCCAUCCCUCCACCAAUCAGCAGAGAGCCCAACCUGUACGUCCAGACGAUCCUCCGACACCUGUACAGCCUGUUCCUGCCCAGGUCAGACCAGGCGAGUCCGGGCUACCUGUCUCUCUGUCAGCAGGUGUUGUGUGCAGUUCAGUCAUUGGCCAGAGAGAGCGCUGUGAUGAACAGAGACACCUGGGAAACUCUGCUGCACUUCCUGCUCCACAUCAACCAUGCCAUUUUGGCCCCGCCUACUGCCGCAGGCGGAGUGUCGGAGCAGCUGUCUCACCUGUCUAUGGCGGUGCUGUUUGAGGUGUGGUUGCUGUCUUGUUCUCGGUGUUUUCCGUCUCGCUGUCUGUGGCAGACGGGCAGACAGAUGUUGAGCAGCUGGAGACAUCAGCCUGCAGUGGUGGAGCAGUGGAGCCGAGUCAUCGCCGCCCUGACCUCCAGGUUGUUGCUGCUGACCUUCGGCCCGUCCUUCCCUCCCUUUAAAAUCCCAGAUGAAGACGCUGCUCUGAUCCCUGCAGACAUGGAUGAAGAGCGAGUCCCUCACACCUGGUUCAGGUUCCUGCACCUGCUCAGUAACCCAGUGGACCUCAGCCACCUGGGGAUUGUCGGUUCAACUCCUUCCUCUCAGCAGGAGGCGUUGAGUGGAGAUAGUCAGCUGCCAAAUGUCUUCUUCAGAGCCAUGAGAGGAGUCAGCGCGCUGGUCGAUGCCUUCCUGGGUGUGACUGUGGGCAACAAAGAGCAGUUGCUGCCACACACAGGACUGACGAGGAUCCACUUCAGAGACCGGUUGCCUUCUUUCGGUGUUGCUGUGACCAGGAGCCCGCUCAGAGACCGGCUCCCCUCCUAUGGUUUCUCUCGACCUCGUUCUGGCAGUGCCCCGCCCACCCCGGCGAACAUACUGAGCAUGCCCAGUAGCCCUCCCUCCACCACCUCCCCCCCUCCGCACAACAGACAACUAAAACCUGCAAAUGUUUCCAAGGCUGCCAGCAGACCUCCUCCGACAUCUUCCUGCCUACAUCACUGGAAGUCUUCCUCUCUCCGUCUGUGCUCCUCCCCUCGACCCUCCCCCUCCCCCCUCAGGUGUAACGUGGACUCCCUCCUGCACCUGUUCGGCUGCUGGCUGUUUGACGCUGCUCUCAUUGGCAGAGACCCUGGUCUGCCCUGUCGUAAUACACACACUGGUCAGUGUGAUGUCACUGUGAUGACAGAGAGGUUAGUUGCCGGUCGAGCCGAGGCCUGCGGGACGCUCUGCAGGAUCUUUACCUGUAAGAAGACUGCAGAGGACAUCCUGUCUGUCUACCUGUCCAGGUUCUACCUGGUUCUCCUGCAGGGCCUCCAGGUGUCGAACAUGGCAUGUCCUCCUGUUCUGGCCUCCAUCCUGCUUAAUUCCACCUGUCUGUUCUGCUGUGACCUGAGAGGAGUGAACCUGCUGCUCCCUUCCUUCAUCUCAGCUGUGGAGAAUGUGCUGCUUGACAGAGAGCUGUUGAGGUUUAAGAGUUUUGUGAGUCUGGUGGAUCUGAGGCGAGCCUCCAUCCUCGUCCUGCUGUCCCUGCUGCCCCUCCCUCUGCACUUUGGAUCCGUCCAUUCAGAGGUGUUACUGGACGGGCGGUUCAGUGAUGAUGUCACAGCAGGCAGCUUCCUGUCUCUGGAGCCCCGCCUCAUCAGCGUUCUGAUUGGAGCUCUGCAGAUGGAGACCGACGCCUGCAACACACAGAUCAUCCUCGCGGCCAUGUUGACCCUGGUCCAGGACUUGGCUCUGUUAGAAGCUGCAGGACUAACUCAGCAGCAAACUGAGUCCCAGCACCAUGGAGCCAGUACACCCAGACAAACCAGUGGGACCAGCGGGACCAGCGGGACCAAUAGAGCCGGUGCAAACAGACGAACCAGAGGACCCUCCGCCCAAUUAGAUGCAGCGGGGAUCCUGUGGGUUCAGUUCGUGCGUCUGCUGACUCAGCGUCUGACGGCUCAGUGGAGGAACGACUCAGCAGUUUGUCUUUCUGCGCUGGAAGUACUGGGAGGACUGGCCAAGGUGGAGGUGAAUGUGGAGGACGCAGAGAGGAGGCGAGCGGUCACUUCAGUCUGCAGUUACAUCGUGUUUCAGUGUAGUCGUCCUCCUCCACUUCACUCCAGAGAUCUGCACUCCAUCAUCGUCGCUGCGUUCCACUGUCUGAACACCUGGUUAACUCAACACCCCGCCAUGCUCGACCAGCAGGAGUGCUUGUUGGAGGUUCUGGAGAUCGUGGAAUUGGGAAUUUCAGGCAGUAAGUCCAGACAGGAACAGGAAGUGAGGUCUAAAGAGGAGAAAGAGCUGAACCCAGCCUCUCUGCGGGUGAAGGAGGCAGCUGAGGCCACGCUGAGCUGUGUGAUGCAGGUUUCGGGGGCCUUCCCGUCCCUCGGAGGCGUGCUGGAUGAGGACACUCUGAUUGGCUGCUCCUCACUGAAGAAGUUCAGAUACUUUGUGGUGGACAGCUCGGUGAUCCUGGCCAUGCUGGAACAACCACCGGGACCUGAGCAGGCGUCGUGUCCGGCGCUCACAGUGCUGAUCAGAGGACUGUCAGGAUGUCACACCUGGACUCUGCAGCUCCACCUGCAGCCCAGAGAGGGAAGAGCGCGCACACAGCAAACUCUGAUCCCAGAACGCCGCGGUGGAGCCCAGGAGCAUGCUGGGAAACGAUGUGGUGUCAAACAUCAGCAGUUUCCUGAAAACACUGCCAGCGGCCCUUCAGUUAAAGCAGAUCUGAGUAUUCCAGCUCUGCAUGAGACGGUUUCUGAGGAGGUGCAGCAGCAGCUGGAACGUCUGCGAGCGGCGCUGACAAGGCAGCGACAGGUCGAGGCCGGGCCGCAGGUGAAGCGACGGUCGGCCGUCAUGACGUCCUGCAGGCCGCCGCCCCCCGUCACCUACUUCCAGACAGCGAGACUCUUCUUGUCCCACCUGGGCCUGCUGACACGCGAGACCCUGAAGGAUCCAGGUACCGGCGGUGUCCCGGCUCAGCUGGUGUCUCUGGACUCGUCUCUUCCGGGUUUCUUGGAGGAUCUGAGACGUUUGGACCAGCUGCCGUCCAGAAACUGUGACUCCGCCUUCGUCUUUUACAUGAGAGCAGGACAGAGGACAGUAGCUGAGAUUCUGAGCAACGUGGAGUCCAGUUGCAGCGUCUCCUCUCACUUCUUAGACUUCCUGUCGUCUCUCGGUUGGCCAGUGGAGGCCGGGCGACGACAGGUGGGUGGGUUCAACAGUUCAGAUUUCCCUGUAGUGCUGGGUGAGAGUGGAGGGGGGGUGUUUAACGGUGAGAGAUUUGUCCUGAUGUAUGCCGACGCUCUGACUGAGAUCACCUUCAUCGUCCCAUCAUCUUCAUCACACGCGGUUCAUUUGUCAAAGAGUCCAGAGGAGAUGGAGCCUCCGACUGAGCUACUAUCCAACCUGCAGAGUCAUUCUGAACUCAGCCAGGACUCUGCCCCCCAUCCCACAGGUUCUCCAGUUGAAGACUUGAACUCUUUUGGUCUUCCGUGGUCGGUCUCUGGCUCUGAAUGGAAGCUCCUGAUAGUCUGGGUCGAGCACUUGGAGGAUAUCGAGAGUUUCCCUGUGUCUGACCUGCUGACGAGGACAGAACCACAGACCAGUGCGGCAAACGUCCAGGUGAUCUUCAUCCACCCUCUGAAAACUGGACUCUACCGGAUCUCGUUCCACGGAAACACCACCAGCAAGUUCGGUUUGGUCGUCCCAUUGGUCAACGGGAGUGUGGUCAGCAAGAGGUCUCUGGGUUUCCUGGUUAGAGAGAUGGUCAUCAAUUGUUGCCAGCGGCGACGUCUGGAAAGUGACAGCACCCCUCCGCCCCAUGUCAGAAGGAAGCACAUGAUCAGUGACAUCAUCCUUCGCUACCGCAGCCGCCGCUCUGAACCUGCCUUCUACUCCGGCCUGUUCCAGGACCCCUGACUCCACCUGUCGAGACUAUUAGAGCUGACUGCGAUACUUUUGCAUAGUUGUCGGGUUCCACAAUCAGGGGACGUUCUGCAGUCGAUUAUUGUCAUUUACAUGAUGAUUUUUAGCUUUAUUUGCUUCUGUUACAUUUCUUGCCACCUGUAAUGCAAAACGAAGAAUAUUCUUCUGAGGGAGAACCCCCCAGGCCCCAGUAUCAAAUAUUUAAUCAAUAAAUAUUAAAACAAAAAUA